AUGAACUCUUACUUCUUUUUAUUCAUCACUUGUUUAUACCAGUUAUGGGUUCGCCGACUUCUUCGAGUCUGUGCCCUGAUUAGCAUGAUUUCAGUAAGCCUGAAUACCACACACACUUUUGAUAAAUACCCAAUUCUGAUUCACGUGACAUUCUUUAGUGAUGCUAUCGUCACCCUGUUGUUCACAUCAGAAAUGAUUGCCAAAAUGCACAUUCGUGGUGUGCUUACAGGAGAUGCUCCCUACUUGAAGGACAGGUGGUGCCAGUUUGAUGCAACGAUGGUAUUUUUUCUGUGGAUAUCAGUGAUUUUACAGAUUUUCGAAAUGACACACAUAGUGCCAAGGUUUUCUUACCUUUCCAUUCUUCGUGCUCCAAGGCCUUUGAUAAUGAUUCGGUUUAUUAGAGUUUUUUUAAAGUUUUCUAUGCCGAAGUCCAGAAUCAACCAGAUUUUCAAACGUUCAAGCCAACAAAUCUACAAUGUCACCUUGUUCUUCUUGUUCUUUAUGUCACUGUAUGGACUGUUGGGGGUGCAGUUUUUUGGAGAUUUAUCCAACCACUGUGUUGUGAAUGGGACAGAUCCUAAGUAA